AUGGAGUCAGAAGUUGAAGCUGGGGUAAAGCCAGUGACAGCAUUGAGUGCCCAAGUGUGCCAGAUCUGUGGUGAUGGUGUUGGGAAGACUGUGGAUGGUGAACCUUUCAUUGCGUGCGAUGUUUGUGCUUUCCCUGUAUGCAGGCCUUGCUAUGAGUAUGAAAGGAAGGAUGGGAAUCAAUCUUGCCCCCAGUGCAAAACCCGGUACAAGAGGCACAAAGGAAGUCCUGCAAUUAUUGGAGAUAGUGAAGAGGAUGGUGCUGCCACUGAUGGUGCCAGCGACUUUAAUUAUGAUUCAGACAAUCAAAACCAAAAGCAGAAGAUAUCAGAGCGCAUGUUAAGCUGGCAAUUGACAUAUGCACGAGGAGAGGAGGUUGGUGCUCCAAGUUAUGAUAAGGAAGUUUCUCACAACCACAUUCCUCUGCUGACUAGUGGACAAGAGGUAUCUGGAGAGUUGUCUGCAGCCUCACCUGAGAGGCUGUCAAUGGCAUCUCCUGCAGUUGGUGGUGGAAAACGUGUCCAUAAUAUUCCAUAUUCAUCUGAUAUUAAUCAAUCUCCAAAUAUCAGGGCUGGGGAUCCAGGUUUGGGUAAUGUUGCAUGGAAAGAAAGAGUUGAUGGCUGGAAGAUGAAGCAAGAAAAGAAUGUUGUUCCAAUGAGCACUGGCCAAGCUGCUUCUGAGAGAGGGGCUGGAGAUAUUGAUGCUACUACAGAUGUGCUUGUGGAUGAUUCCUUGUUGAAUGAUGAAGCUCGACAGCCUCUUUCUAGGAAGGUUUCAAUUCCGUCAUCUAGGAUCAAUCCAUAUCGGAUGGUCAUUAUGUUGCGGCUGGUUAUCCUUUGUAUUUUCUUGCAUUAUCGGAUAACAAAUCCAGUCCCCAAUGCAUAUCCAUUGUGGUUGGUAUCAGUUAUAUGUGAGAUUUGGUUUGCCAUAUCUUGGAUAUUGGAUCAAUUCCCCAAGUGGCUUCCUGUCAACCGUGAAACAUAUCUUGACAGGCUUGCAUUGAGGUAUGAUCGUGAAGGAGAACCAUCACAACUAGCUGCUGUUGACAUUUUUGUCAGUACUGUUGACCCAUUAAAGGAGCCCCCGCUUGUGACUGCCAAUACCGUACUGUCUAUUCUUGCAGUUGACUACCCAGUGGAUAAGGUCUCCUGCUAUGUGUCUGAUGAUGGUGCUGCUAUGUUGACAUUUGAAGCCCUUGCCGAGACAUCAGAGUUUGCAAGGAAAUGGGUUCCCUUUUCCAAGAAGUAUAGCAUUGAACCCCGUGCACCUGAAUGGUACUUUGCACAAAAGAUUGACUACUUGAAAGAUAAGGUUCAUCCAUCAUUCGUCAAGGAUCGUAGAGUGAUGAAGAGAGAAUAUGAGGAAUUUAAAGUUCGUGUUAAUGGACUUGUUGCAAAGGCACAGAAAGUUCCCGAAGAAGGAUGGGUGAUGCAAGAUGGUACACCAUGGCCUGGAAAUAACACCAGAGACCAUCCAGGAAUGAUCCAGGUUUUCUUGGGCCAAAGUGGAGGACUUGACACUGAGGGUAAUGAACUUCCCCGUUUAGUCUAUGUUUCUCGUGAAAAGCGCCCAGGUUUCCAACAUCACAAGAAAGCUGGUGCCAUGAAUGCACUUGUAAGAGUAUCUGCAGUCCUUACUAAUGGACCUUUCUUAUUGAAUCUUGAUUGUGAUCACUACAUAAACAACAGCAAGGCCUUGAGGGAAGCUAUGUGCUUUAUGAUGGAUCCCAACCUUGGUAAACAUGUUUGCUAUGUCCAGUUUCCACAGAGGUUUGAUGGUAUUGAUAGAAAUGAUCGUUAUGCCAAUCGUAAUACAGUGUUCUUUGAUAUAAACUUGAGAGGCUUGGAUGGCAUUCAGGGUCCUGUUUAUGUGGGUACUGGAUGUGUAUUCAAUAGGACAGCUUUAUAUGGUUAUGAACCUCCUCUUAAACCAAAGCACAAAAAGCCUGGGUUGUUAUCAUCACUCUGCGGUGGAAAUCGGAAGAAGAGUUCAAAAUCUAGUAAGAAAGGAUCAGACAAGAAAAAAUCUAACAAGCAUGUUGACCCUACUGUACCUAUUUUCAGUCUAGAGGAUAUAGAAGAAGGAGUAGAAGGUACUGGAUUUGAUGACGAGAAAUCACUACUUAUGUCACAAAUGAGCCUUGAGAAAAGGUUUGGUCAGUCUGCUGUUUUUGUAGCCUCCACUCUUAUGGAGAACGGUGGUGUUCCUCAGUCUGCUACUCCAGAAACUCUUCUUAAGGAGGCUAUUCAUGUUAUCAGCUGUGGUUAUGAGGAUAAAACAGAAUGGGGAUCUGAGAUAGGAUGGAUUUAUGGUUCUGUCACGGAAGAUAUUCUUACAGGAUUUAAGAUGCAUGCCCGUGGUUGGCGAUCUAUAUACUGUAUGCCUAAGCGACCAGCGUUCAAAGGUUCUGCUCCCAUCAAUCUUUCAGACCGUCUGAACCAAGUGCUUCGAUGGGCUUUAGGUUCUGUUGAGAUUCUUUUUAGCCGACAUUGUCCCAUCUGGUAUGGUUAUGGUGGAAGGCUAAAGUGGCUUGAAAGGUUUGCGUAUGUGAACACUACAAUCUAUCCGGUCACUGCCAUUCCCCUUCUCAUUUACUGUAUCUUGCCUGCUGUCUGUCUGCUGACCAACAAGUUCAUUAUUCCACAGAUCAGUAACCUUGCAAGCAUCUGGUUCAUUUCUCUCUUUCUUUCCAUCUUUGCUACGGGAAUCCUGGAGAUGAGGUGGAGUGGAGUUGGAAUCGACGAGUGGUGGAGGAAUGAACAGUUUUGGGUUAUCGGUGGUGUCUCGGCCCAUCUCUUUGCCGUUUUCCAAGGCCUGCUCAAGGUGCUUGCUGGAAUAGACACCAACUUCACGGUCACCUCCAAGGCCUCAGAUGAAGAUGGAGACUUUGCUGAGCUCUACAUGUUCAAAUGGACCACCCUUCUCAUCCCCCCCACAACCCUUCUCAUAAUAAACAUGGUAGGGGUUGUUGCUGGCAUCUCCUAUGCCAUCAAUAGUGGCUACCAAUCAUGGGGACCCCUGUUUGGUAAGCUUUUCUUUGCAUUUUGGGUGAUCAUCCAUCUCUAUCCUUUCCUCAAAGGUCUCAUGGGGCGCCAGAACAGAACACCAACCAUUGUGGUGGUGUGGUCCAUUCUGCUUGCAUCCAUUUUCUCUCUGUUGUGGGUGAGAAUUGAUCCUUUCACCACAAGGGUCACUGGCCCUGAUGUUGAGGAGUGUGGCAUUAACUGCUAG